UAAAAUUUGAUAACAACCAAUCAGAACCAGGUCUAGAAACACACAAUAAAAAGACCUUUAGAAUCUCGUCUGAAAAAAAAAAAAAAAUCGGUUCGAUUUCGGUUAAACCGGAUUGGUCAUCACAAGCGUACGGUUAAGCAAGCUCUGAGAGUCGAUCUCAUGGGAUUUAUUCUUCUCUGUUCAUCUCUCCGGUAUACGAUACACAUAGCCUGAAGCGAAAUUUUAAAGGUUCGUCCUCCUCUUCUCUGGGUGAAGUACCUUCACUCUCUUCUUGCUUCGAUAUUUUAACUUCUCGAUCAGUCGUUGAUGUGAUCCCGAUUCCAAUUCCAGAUGAAAAUCAGAGUUCAAGAUGGCCUCCUUUGAUGGACCAAAGUUCAAGAUGACUGAUGGCUCUUAUGUUCAGACUAAGACCAUUGAUGUUGAAUCAUCAACAGAUAUCUCUCCAUACCUUUCACUUUUAAGAGAAGAUUCCAUCUUGAAUGGUAACCGAGCUGUGAUUUUCGAUGUUUAUUGGGACGUUGGAUGUCCUGAAACCGAAACCAAAACCAAAACGUCAGAGUGGAGUCUGUCAUCUGUGAAGCUGAGCACGAGAAACCUAUGUCUCUUCCUUCGACUUCCUAAACCUUUACAUGACAAUCUCAAGGAUCUGUACCGUUUCUUUGCUUCCAAAUUUGUCACUUUUGUUGGAGUGCAGAUCGAGGAUGACCUGGACUUGCUCAGAGAAAACCACAGUCUUGUGAUAAGAAACGCCAUUAACGUUGGGAAAUUGGCUGCCAAAGCCCGUGGAACUCUGGUGCUUGAGUUUCUUGGGACAAGAGAAUUGGCGCACAGGGUUUUGUGGUCUGAUUUGAGUAGGCUGGAUUCUAUAGAGGCCAAAUGGGAUGAGGCAGGGGCUGAAGAACAUCUCGAGGCUGCAGCCAUUGAAGGGUGGCUCAUUGUCAAUGUUUGGGAUCAACUAUCCGAGUAAUUUACUACCUAUCUUUUGUGAAUUUGACUUGUGAUUUUGUGACUCAAUGUUAAGUGAUCGUUUGUAUGUUGUUUGAUGUGAUCAUCAACCAUCACUAAACAAAUAGUGGACAGUAUCCGAAUGAAUUGGCUAAUGUGUAUGAAACAAACUAUGUUGGUUCUGCUUUUUCUGCUAAACUGAGAAUUUUGUUUC